AUGCUCAAAUAUCAAAAAAAGAAUAGAAAUUAAGCUUAGACUUGUUUUAAAAAGGUAUAUGGAGGAUUAGACCUGUUUGGAUAACCUCCAGCUUUUAAAAUUUUAAAAUAAGAAAAAUUCACUACAUCAUUGGGAUUUUUGUUUACGAUAGGUCUUUCGAUUGUUUGUGUUCUUUAUACAUUUAUCCAAUUAGAAGAUUUAUACGCUUAAACAGGUCCUAGAGUAACAAUGUCUGAAGAACAAGUAGUGGAUACAUCUGUAAUUGUUCAUUAUAAAUUAGGCAUACCCAUUGGAGAUGAAAAAUUAUACAAUUGGCAUCACAAUGGCCAAUAUAUCAUUAGGCUCUCUUCAAACAUUAGGAACUCACUUUACAAUGACCGUUUAGAAUUGCAAAAGAAUUAGAUCAUUAGACCCAACUACUAAUAAAACAGUGAUAUCUUAAAAGUAAAUUUUUAUUAUUCUAAACAGUUGUACAAUAUAUCCAACAGAGCCUUGUGGUGAUUAACAUUUUGUAACAGACUUAUAGAAAGCUUAUUUUUCAAAAAUAAAACUUGGUUUUGUUCAAUGCUUGAAUUUAAAACAAUGGCAAGAAAAUCCCCCUGUAAAUAUAAUUAAUAAACUUUUUAGCAACUUUAAGGGACAGUUUAAGGAACAGUAUAUUAAUAUUUACAAAUUACAAUUGCUUAAUGUAAGAACACCACAAAUAAAACAGAUUGUGCUCCAAAAGAAAAAAUAUGGAAAGAAUUAUAAACAGGAUAUUAUGCAGUACAUCUAAUUGAUAAUCUAAUUUAAAUGAAAAAUCCAGGUACUCCAUUCAAAGAUAUAAUUAAUUUACAAUAUACAACUUUCUCAAAUUCAACUUCAAAAUCAGUUUUCUAAAACUUCAAAAUUAUACAAUCUGAUACAGAUACUGGAUAUAUUAUGGAAGAUAUUAAAACUGAGUAUGGAUUAAUCUAAUCAUAAAAUCGAGAAAGUCAGGAUAAUUAUAAUAAUUAAUUUAUAAUCUAACAUAUAAUAAACUUAGAUUCAAGAUAAGGUUUUUAUAUUAGAGGAUAUUAAAAGCUAUAAGAUAUUUUUGGUAAUGUUGGAGGUCUUUGGUAAAUUUUAUUUUUAGCUAUGAGUGCAUUAUUAUAACCAUUAACAUCAACAUUUAUGAAUUUAUAAAUGGCUAAUAAGUUAUUUAGAUUUGAAAGUUCAAGUAAUCAGAAUCUUGAAUAUCUUCAAGCAAAAUAAAGUUCAAAUUCUAUUGAUGAAAUCAGAGAAAAUGUAAAAAAACCUAGUUCUUCAAUAAAAAUUAAUGUUAUAGGAUCUUAAUAAUUAGAUGCUGAAAGUAAAAAGUCUUAUACAAGUAAACGAUCUCUUUAAGGUUCAAAAUCAAUGAGUAAAUCAGUGUUUGUUAAAAAUGUUGAUAAAGUUAACAAUUAUAAACAAAUGAUAUAAUUAUUAAAAAAAAGAAAAUAAUCUCUUAACUUAUCUAUGAGAGAUAUUAUUAUGAUGAGUUUUGGAUGUAAAAAGAAAGAGAAAUAACUUAUUAAUUAUGCAACUGAAAAGUUUAUGAAUAAAUUAGAUAUUGCCAAUUUGAUUUCAAAAGUAUAUGAAAUAGAUAGAUUAAAAUUAAUAUUACUUAAUGAAUAAUAAUAAAAACUAUUUAAUUAUUUGCCUAAACCCAUUAUUCCUGAAGCUAUGUUUGGAGAAGAAUUCCAAAAGAAAAUGAAAGUUGUUGAAUAAAAAUAAGCCUAUAAGGUUAUUCUAUAGGAUGAAAAACCUGAAUUUAUGAGAUUAUAAGAAGCAUUUGUAGCUUAUGUAAAAAUUUAAUAAAAAGAUGAAAUUACAGAAGUUGAUAAAAAAAUUCUAGAUAUUCUUGAUGAGGAUAUAUUAGAAUUAUUUGAGAAUUUGUAUUGUAACACUUUAAAAUUAGAAAACAUAUUUUAAGAUAGUCCUAUGAAAUUACAAUUAUAAUUCUCAGAUAUUGAAUCCCCAAAGUCUAAUUUCCAACCAGAAUUUGAUGAAGACAUGGCUAAUUAAAUACCUGUUCUUCCUGCUAUGAUGAGAUCUUAAGAAUGA